CCGGGUGCCUAGGGGGCGGGGCGGGGGCCUGUGUGGCCUCUUUGCCUUUUUGCGCCGCCCGGACACCGCGCAGGCCGCCGGCACCAUGAAAAUCUGGACUUCGGAGCACGUCUUUGACCACCCCUGGGAGACCGUGACAACGGCUGCCAUGCAGAAGUACCCGAACCCCAUGAACCCGAGCGUGGUUGGAGUGGACGUGUUGGACAGACACGUGGAUCCUUCUGGAAAGCUGCACAGCCACAGGCUUCUCAGCACAGAGUGGGGCCUGCCUUCCAUUGUGAAAUCUCUUAUUGGUGCGGCGAGAACCAAAACAUAUGUGCAAGAACAUUCUGUAGUUGAUCCUGUAGAGAAAACAAUGGAGCUUCAGUCCACUAAUAUUUCAUUUACAAAUAUGGUUUCAGUAGAUGAGAGACUUAUAUAUAAACCACAUCCUCAGAACCCAGAAAAGACUGUCUUGACUCAAGAAGCCAUCAUCUCUGUGAAGGGAGUCAGCCUCAGCAGCUACCUGGAAGGGCUGAUGGCAAAUACGAUCUCUUCAAAUGCUAACAAGGGCCGAGAAGCAAUGGAGUGGGUGAUACACAAACUAAAUGCCGAGAUUGAGGAACUGGCGGCUUCGGCCAGAGGCAGCAUGAGGACCCCGAUGGUGGCGGCAGCGUUGGCAGAGAAAUGACGAAAGUUGGUGGGCAACACCCAGUUCUCCGGAUCUCAACUAGCUGGCAUUAUAUUUAUUCAUUAUUUAAAAAAUACAACUAAAGGAAAAAAUAUAGCUAUAUUUUAGGUAGAAUUUUUUUAAUAAGCUGAAGAAAGCCUGUGUGACUCCAUAAAAACAGAGACACAGGAUUUCUGAAUAAAAGGGGACAUCUGAAAUUGUUAGUGUUCUGUGGGAUGACUGGUCUUGAAGAUUCCGGUAUUUACAUGAAAAUUUAAGUUCUUGUAAAGUGCUUGGAAAUUGGUGUUAGCUUAUUAAGUCUCCUCCUUGUGGAUUCAGAGCUUUGCACGCGCCGGAGCUCUACCGGGCUCUGCACCAGCCCCAGAACAAAGCAGAGCCGCCUCGAAACAGACCCAGUUAUGCCUCUGUGGUCACCUCCAGGAGGGGUCUUGUGUUCAAGGGGAAAGUGGGAUAGUUUUAAAAGAGAUACUAAAUCUGUAUAAAAUAACUUGCUCUGCUAUAAACCACCAUUAAACAUCAGUGUUUUAAUUUGGCACUUAAAUGACAUUUUCAGAGUGAAAAUUACCACUCAAGUAAAACCCCAACAAAAGUAGGGUUUUGUUCUAUUAAAGAGUACUGCAUUGAUUUGUCAAAGUUUUGUGACUUCGUGAAGUCAUUCCCUUCCUUGGAUUUGCACUUCAUGAGUUAGUGUCUGUGUCGUGGGCUGGUUAUGUUAACUGAAAAAAUAAAGUCAUUACCAGAAUUUUGCAGCACUCCAAACUUAAACAGAAGAACAGCUGUUCACAUCUUUUAGCAUUUCACAUUUGCCUAACUUAUAAAUUGCCAUGUGUCAAAAUCAAGGUUCUGUAAUUGCUAAAGCAUGGUAUGUCAGGUUAUUUGAAUAUAAUUACUUUUUGAAGUAAUUGUGACCGCAAAACAUCUUUUUUACAGGAGGAGCUGUACAUCAUUUGAAAUUACUCAAAUGGUGUCUUGAUCUGAGGCAUAAAUCCCAGUCUUAAUGUUUAGAAUGACACCUGACACCGUGCCACUGCAGGGGCUGCGGGCGGUGGGGGGAAGAAGAGCACAGUGGGGGGGGUGGCAUUGACCUCGCGAACCGCAGCAUGGCCUGCCUUGCGGCUUCGCUUCUUGAGGAAUCCUCAUUCAGGUGCCAAAGGCCAGCCGCACUCUGAAAACCAUCAGUGAAUGUAUUUCAUUCGGUGUUUUGUAGCAGUUAAUUAUCAACCAGUAAAAAUAUCUUUCAUAUUUGCAAUUGUUGCUUAGAGAGUAUUUUUGUUAAAAGGUGAUUAGCUCUUGCCUUUAUUUUACAAUGCUUAAUGUGAUAAACUUCUAGUCAGGUUCCCUAUAAAAAGAAACCAAGUAACAUGUACAUAAACCACAGAAAUAGUAUACCAAACUAUGGAAAAGUUAGUGAUUCUCUACUUAAAAUAUUAGCUUAGGACUUCUUAGGGCAUUUGUAAAAACAAGUGAAAUUCAAUAACAUAUUUUAUUAUUUUUUUGUAACCAGAGAUGGUUUUUACAGUUGAAAUAACUUUUCAGCUAAACAGAACAUUGCUAAAUACUGAUACUUAAUUAAAAAGUUGCCUUGUUUAAUUUCUGUAAAUUAUACUUGUUCUUAGAAAAGUGUAACGAAUGCCCAGAUGAUAAAAAGAUUUAACAAACUUUA